GUGCAGGAUGGAGGAUAAACUCUUUACAAGCGUGGAGGAGGAGUGUCUAUACUGGAAGGAGCGAUGCCUCAAGGUGUCACAGGAGCGGGACGAUGCGCAGCGGGAAUUUGAUGACUUCACCACCGAGUCACGGCAGCUGGAGGCUGAACUGGAGAUGACGGUUGAGCAGCAGGAGAAAAAAAUUCGCGAUCUCAACCAGCUGGUGAAUCAGCUGCACGGCGAGAAUGAAUCCUACAAGCGGAAGAUGCAGUACACGGAAAACGAAACAAACAAAAUCGAUGCGGACUUUCGGCAGUUAGUGAAAGAGAAUGAAAAACUUAAGGUGUAUAUUCGUGAACUAGAGCAGAAAAAUGAUGAUCUCGAACGAGCAAAUCGAGUAGCCAGUGAAAGUGUUGCCGAGUUCGAAUCGAUGUUAAACCAGGCGUACGAGAAAAACGCUCUACUAGAACUGGAAGUAGACGAAAAGGAGCGCAUGCAAAUAAAGCUGCAGCGAUUAAUGGACGAGGCGCGUGAUUUGAAACAGGAGCUUAAGGUUCGCACCUUAAAGCCGGAUGAACACGGGGAAAAGCUGGAAGAUGGUGAGGUGACCGAAAAUGGGGAUGAUCGAAACAAACCGCUGGAUCCAUCGAACGAAACUGCAUCAACAACAAAAACAACAACCAUUGCCACCGCUGUAACGGCCGGAAAUGGUGGUGUGAAUAGUGUCUGUCUUGACGGUGGAACAGCUCCGGAAGAAGGGGCUUUGGCUGGUACUAAGCUGGAGACGCUUAAUAACAACCUUAAUAGCAGUAUACAGCGAAGUUCGCUGGUAAAACUGUCGACCAGUAAAUUGAAUGAUUUUGGUCGUGAAACGGCAACAGAGCAGGAUUCUGCCAAAACAUUGGAUGGGAUUGUAGCGGACGGUGUAAAAGCGGCACUCCUAUCGCCCAGUAGCCAGCUAAUAAUCGAACGCAAUGGAAACAACGCACCACCAUCGACGGCGCUUGUCCCUGGUGGUGGACUUAGCGGGCUUAAUGCUCCCAUGGCACCAAGCGAUCGUGUUUCGACGCUUAACAUCGUUGCCGAUCUGCUCCGACGGCUAGACAACAUGGAAGCUAAGCUAAAGGCAUGGAAAAUCCGCAAACCCUCAUCAAGGACAGGACCCGGUAGUGUGGGUGCUGGCACAGUCGGUAGCAAUAGAUCGUCGUUACACACAAGUCACACCAUCUCGAAUCUACACCACAGCAGUAGUCACCCAAAUCAUCACCAUAGCAACCAUCAUUACCAAAGCCAGUCGCAACCACAUCACCACCACCACCACCACACAGAUAGCAAUCUUUCGCUCAAUUCGCUUGGUUCGGUCGACGGUACGUUGCUGCUAACUUCGGCCGCCAACUGUUGCGGCACGGGUGGCAGUAGUAGUAGCAACGUGCAGCUGCACUCUUACCAACCGAGCACCAUCACGAUCGGUACGCAGACGUCGCAGCAUCUACCAGCGACUUCUUUGACUACCAAGACAGAGCUGUUGCGUACGAAUAAGUAG